CGUCGACCGUGGUAGCUGUCAGCGUAGGCGUAGCGCAGCGGUCCGGCGCUGCCUGAUACAGUGAGUACGGGAGAGCGAAAUCUCGCCCGGAGUGCGAGUGGCGCGCAUUACGUUAGCUCCCGUACAUGUCCGUUUCGCGAUCGUCGGGCCGUUUCGAAAUAAGCGUGAACUUCGACACGGGUUUAUCUCCUUCGCGUACAACCGAUUAAACGAAAUGCGAUUAUACAUCCGGGCGGUUAUCACGAGGUUUGAAAGUCGCUAGAGUAGCCGAAGAGGGGACAAAAGUGUGCGAGAUUAAUUUUAGAACGAGGGGGAAGGAGGUGUCGAAGCUGUCUCGAAACGAGACGACUUCAGUGUCCGCGCGUGGUCCCCGAAGCUCGCGUGUUUUUCUCAAAGCGGUGCAACUUUUAAACGAAAGUUGCUCUCGAGAGUGGUAUUAAAAAGUGUGCCGUUUUUCCCCCAGGCUAUAGAAAAUAUCGUGUUGAAAUCGGGCUAUUUGGUGUAUCGGUCCGCGUUCCCCUUAACGACGGUGUGAAUAAGAUGUGGGCGCAGUGUGCAAAGGACACGCGAGACGAGGAUACGGGUACGCGGUACACGUAAGUCGCGGAGGCGCGAGGUUCCUCAAUUUGUGAUUCUGAGGAACAAGGUGCUCGAUGAACGCAAUGCUGCUUGACAAUCGGUUGCUAUGAUCGAGCCGCGGAUAGUUCACGUGGAACGAUCAUGAUUUACCUUAGACUGCACUUCGGGAGGAGUCUACGGUGCAACACGAACGCGAGACACUGGAACGUGUUCAUUGUGCCGCUCUUCCCACUCUGGAUUAUAGGCGCCUUUUGUGUGAAAGACAUACCGAUUUCGCACAUCGUGGCGUUAGUCGGGGAUCCCACGUACCUUCCCUGCGACAUAUCAACCACCCACGAGGGUGAUUCGGUUCACCUCGUGCUCUGGUACCGCGAGGACCUCGGUACAUCGGUUUACAGCGUCGAUGUGAGAGAUCGAGAUUUCGGUAUCGCAGAACGAUGGUCGGACGACACGGUAUUUUCGAAUCGAGCUUAUUUCAUGCCGGACAAAAAACCGGCCGAACUCGGCGUGGACCACAUAAGGGAGGAGGACGCCGGCAUUUACAGGUGUCGUGUCGAUUUCCAGAUCGGCCAGACACGAAACUCCAAAGUCAAUUUAACGGUGAUAGUUCCGCCGCACAAAAUCGUGAUCGUCGAUGACUCGGAGAUCGCGCGUAACUCUAUGGUCGGCCCGUACAUGGAGGGCGACACUCUGCGGCUCAACUGCGACGUGUACGGCGGUAAGCCAGCGCCGACGGUGUCCUGGCAUCGCAAUGACAACCUCGUCACCAACAAAACGGUAACCGUGAGGAACGGCGUGACACGGAGCGAGCUCGUUAUAAAAAAUUUAGGACGGGACGACGUCCGCUCGGUGCUGACCUGCAACGCAACGAAUAACAAUAGGUCGAUCCCGCUCUCCUCGUCCGUUCACGUGGACAUGAAUUUCAGUCCCCUGGACGUGAAUAUAAUCGGAUCGAACCAGCCGCUGUCUGCCGGUAAGAGAUACGAACUGGUCUGCAUCACUUCCGGCUCCAGGCCACCGGCGACUGUAACCUGGUGGAGGAACGGUCAGCGUUUAAUAGAAUCCAAAGAGACCACAUCGAGCGAUGGCAACACGACCACUAGUAUCUUAUCUUUCAUGGCGACCAAGGCAGAUGCUGGUAGGCACUUGUCGUGUCGGUCUGAAAAUCCAAUCAUGGGAACCGCGCCGAUAGAGAACGGCUGGGUGCUCGAGAUACAGUACACGCCGGAAACGCGGAUACAGCUGGGCACGUCGCUGAAUCCGAACGCGAUCCGCGAGGGCACCGACGUCUACUUCGAUUGUCUGAUUCAUGCCCAUCCGCAAGUUUACAAGGUUGAAUGGCGACACUUGGGAAAGACGCUUCACCACAACAUCACACAGGGUAUAAUAAUCAGUAAUCAGAGCCUGGUGCUCCAGGGCGUCGACCGUAAAAGCGCAGGCAAUUAUACUUGCGUCGGAUACAACAUGGAGGGAGACGGGGAGAGCUCUCCGUUUUAUUUGAACGUAAUGUUCGCGCCGACCUGCAAACCGAAUCAGACCAAGGUUCACGGGGUGGCGAAACAAGAAAAGGCAAACAUAUCCUGCCAAGUGGACGCGAAUCCGCCGGAGGUGCAAUUCCGAUGGACCUUCAACAAUUCCGCCGAGAGUAUCGACGUAGCCGCAGGUCAUAUCGCCAGGGCCGGCACAUCCUCGAUCGUUUCGUACACCCCCAUGACCGAAUUGGAUUACGGCACGUUGCUCUGCUGGGCCACCAAUCGAAUUGGACAUCAACAAGUGCCCUGCGUCUAUCACAUCAUACCGGCCGGUCGACCGGACAUGGUCCACAACUGCACCACCUCGAACACGUCGACGAACUCGUUUUCGUUAAGGUGUGCGGAGGGUUUCAACGGCGGUCUGCCGCAGUCGUUUCUUAUCGAGGUGCGGGAGAGCAACAGCCAGGAACUACGUUCUAAUCAAUCGUCGCCGGUGCCGCGUUUCACCGUCACUAACUUGGACUCGGGUGCCCUUUAUCAAGCCAUCGUCUACGCGUAUAACGAUAAGGGCCGUAGCGAGCCGAUGGUGGUGCAAGCUGGUACCCUGAGGCUGCCUGAAAAACAAUUAACGUCCGAGUCAGAGAGACCGAUGCAGAACACGAGACUGAUGCCGAUGGUGAGCGUAAUGAUCGGCGUGAUGGCCGCGUUGAUCAUCGUCGCGGUGAUAGUGAUGAUCGUGCUCAGAAUUCAGCACACGCAGGUGGACGAGCAGAGCAAGUCGCAAAUGGAGGAUCACGGUAAACAAACGAAACCAGCCCCGAUCCAGCGGGAACUGAGGUUCCGCGAGGGAGGCAGUUUGCUCACGGAUGAAAAACAUCCGAGCAGCCCGUUCAGGAAGUUAGAGAGCAGCGGUGACAUAAGCGAAAACGACGAGAAGAACCCGGAUAUCAUACCUCAGCAAAUCACCGGGGACGAGCCGUCCGAGUACCUGAGGAAGCGGCGGCUAGUUUCGACGAUCGAAACAUCGCCGUCGAGAAGUUUGCUCGAACACUCGACGGUCACUUCCGUCAGCGGUCACGGCAGUUACGUCGGUUAUUGCACCAUUCGCAACGGUAUGCCGUUGCACGAGUUCUCGAAUCUGGCGACGAAACAUAAAAGCUUUCAGCCGAUGGUGGGCGAGGACUACCAGAGCGGCGUUUGCACUCUGCCGAGGCAACACUGGCCGAGUCAGAGCGUUCAAUCAAUGUCGAUGACGAUGAGCCCGAUGCUCUACACCAGUCUCGGCGUCGUCAGCAGGACUUGCCCAAGCGGCACGCUGCUGACCAAGGACGCGGAGACGAGAAUGCCGGCGCAGUGCUGCAUCCAAUCGCAGAAAGACGGAAAAAUGAGCACGCCAAUCGUGAUGGCCAAAAGGGAGAGCUCCGUGUGACACUUUUGUCGCUCGCAGACCAGCCACGUGUGAACAAAGGCAUCGACGUUCAUUUCUCGAGACGCGUUAUCAGUGACACUGUUGUGCUAAGCUGCACGCCGUGAUGCAUCGUCGGAAUGUACGGAUGGAUAAUAAAAAGUUGCUUUUUCGAAAUGUAUUCUUCGUCUUGCAACAGCAGUGAAUCCAAGUGAUUCCCAAUAGGAAUUUCAACCCUUCUUUAUCGCGGUAUAUUUCGUCAUCAUAAUUAUUAUUCUCAGUGAAUAGAACUUUUCUCGAUUUGAAGAAUCGAUCCUCUUUUUUUCCAAUCUUGUUUUCUCGGAAACAAAUUGACAAUUCUGACAGAGUGCUUAAGGAUGUAUUGGCUAUACAGUCAAUCCCAAAAGUUUAUGUACCUUAGAAAGACGCAUUUCCUAUA